UUUUUUUUUGAACAAAUCUACUUUUGAACACAAUCCAUAUCAUGUCAGUAACCAAUGAACGUAUUUUUAUUAUUGGAGGCACUGGCAAUGUAGGUGAAAGAACAGUGAAAGCGAUUGCUGCCAAAAAGGUUCCUAUCACUGUCCUUUCUCGUGAUCCUAGUAAAGCACAAUCAACAUUCAGCAGCAUUGAUGCCAGCUUAUUAACCGUGGUGAAAGGUGGCUAUGAUGAUCUGGAUACAUUAAAACAAGUUUUUCCUGGUCAUACACGGCUCUUCCUCCUGAUCAACCAUGCCCUCGGUCGGAUGGUACAAGUCAAAGGAGCCAUUGCAAGAUUGGCAUUUGCUUCUGGUAUCAAACAAAUUGUGGAUCUCUCAUCUUCCGGCUUUGGUAUUCCGUUGUAUGAUAAUUAUCUUCUUACACAACAUACCCUUGCUGAACAAGCCAUCUUGGAUGCCGCUGCUGACCAUGAUGAUGAUCGAUACGUGGUUUUGUUACGUCCCACUCGAUUCAUGACUAAUCUGGUGACUUAUUAUCGUCCUGGCCUCAAUGAUUUUGAAGACACUUUGGAUCCUGAUGAAAAACAAUCAUGGAUUUCUCCCAAUGACAUUGCCGGUGUUGCUGCCUACGUGUUGACCGAUGCCAUGGCCAAUCACGCUACCUCCGCCUAUGAACUCACUAGUCAAGUCAUCACCCCUACGGAACGUGCUGCCAUCUUGAGUCGUGUGCUAGGCAGAUCCUACACCUAUCGUCAAAUCUCGCCCGCUGACUACUUUAGCACACUUUCUCAAUCGCUCGCUAAUUACUUGCCUAUCCGUUGCAUUUACGAUAUUGCUACCAUGGUUGAACACACUCCUCAUGUUUCCCGUGGCAUCUCCAUUUUCUUGGGUCGUGAACCUGAAACACUUGAAGCCUUCUUGACUGCUAAUAAACACCUUUUACCUUAAUCACUCUUCUACAAAAAAAUAAUAAAAAAAAAGUACUGAAUUUGUUGGCAUCCCUUCUAACCGUAAUGAGUAGGGCCUAUUUAUGAAAGUGAUGAUGAUUGAAUGUUGGAUAAGAGGAUGAUGAUAAUGAUG